AUGGAGCUUACUCAACAUUUGGGGUUCGACUCAUGGGAGUCGAGUACAAAGGACUACAGAAAAAGGGCGAGAACGAUAUGCAGACUUUCAUCCAAGAUUUGUGACAUUGUACAACAUGUUGUACCAGAUGGUACUAGAAAUCUAAGAAGGCAAUGUGCCUUGAUUUUUUGGGAUCUUUGCAUUUACUUUACGAGACUCAAUAACGUUCAUAUCAAAGUACUGGGAGACUUGAUGAAUGCAGAUUCUGCUAUUGUAAUCAGCAAUCACCGCUCAUUAGCCGACCACAUCGUUAUUGCAGUAUUGGCAAGGUAUUCGGCCAGUAGAUCCGGGGAUUCUCCGGGGGGUCUUAAUCUCACAUUACCUCGAACCAAUAUCUUUUCAUGGUUCCUGGUGUGGACUGUACCUAAAUUGAGGUUGUUGUACAACAUGGCAAGAUGUGAUGAGAACUGGGAGCUUGAUUCUGCUAUUGGGGUAAAGCUCUUCCGUCACUUGCAAAUUAGCAAGUACCCUGAAUGGAUAGUAGUGUUUCCGGAGGUGAAUAUAUGGACGAAACUUGCUCACGAUAUCCAAAAACAACAAAGUGAAAAAUACUAUUUACCCAUGUUCGAUGGACUUUUAUAUCCCCGAUUCUCUGCAUUUUACAAUCUUAUUUCGGCUAUCAAUCAAAGUCCAAGUAACAAAUUCUUCAAAAUUUAUGAUUUGUCCAUUAUUUACGAGCUGAAUGGCAUUUCUAAAGAUGCAAAUGGUACAAUAUGGACCCCGUCUUUGUUUGAAAUAUUCUGCAGUGAUUCACAAACUACAAUAAGAGUCAAUGUCAGGGUCAGAUCUCUUACUAGAGUACCCUCGAAGAGGGCAAAGCUUGAGAAAUACUUAGAGAAGCUUUGGUUGGAGAAGGAUAGAACAUUGGAAGAGAUGGCUUAA